CUUUAUUCCAACGCUCAUCCGCGCCCCGCAUUACGCACGGUGUACACGACUUUUCUCGCACUACUCUCUUCAGCGACGAUGGCUUCGUCCGUGAUCCUUCGUUCAACGUUGCCCAGAACCUUUACUUCUGCCACUGGACGCAAUUCCCUGCGAUUAGCAUUGCAAGUGAGAGCGGCAAGCUCGACUACGCAGUAUGUACCAGGCGGACCUAUCUUGAAGGGCACGGUCAACGACCCUACGGAGUUCCCCCCUCCAUCAAGAACGCAUGGCUCGUAUCACUGGGCAUUCGAGCGCCUUCUUGCUGCCUCCCUUGUUCCCAUGACCGCAGCCGCCUUUGUGACCUCUGGGUCAUCCUACCCCGUCUUCGACGGAUUGCUCGGUCUUAGCUUGGUGAUGCACUCUCAUAUUGGGUUUGACUCGAUGGUUGUGGACUAUGUGCACAAACGCAAAUUCCCUGUCCUUGGCCCUAUCCUGACCUGGACACUGAGAUCGGCCACGGUCGGUGUGCUCGUUGGCGUCUAUCAGUUCAACACGAAUGACAUUGGCUUGACGGAGUUGAUUGCGAAGGUUUGGACAGCAUAAGAUCAUGUGGACUUCGCGCUACGACAUACUACCAGAGUGUUUGGAAGACGAUAAAGAACACAAAAAGACUGAUAAUAGUAAAUACUGCCAAUAUUUAACUGGUGACCAGUCUACGCCGUUAAAGCUACGCAGAUGACACAAAUUCAAAUCGUCAAGCUCGUCGCGGUUGAAUCAUAACCAAAAGUGAUUAUCAGAAGUUCCAUGAAACAAGAGAGAGAUGCCCAGCAUUAAUCCUCCUCCGCAAUGCCCAUCCCCGCAGCGUCCCCAUAAUUACCAUUAACGCUCGGUCGUGUCUAGAAGCUCUCCUUGCGAAUUCAACCUGGCACCUUUUUGUUGCCCACUUCCUGGAAUAGCUGGACGCCAUUGAGCAAGAAUUUUAUGAACUCGACCUCAAAAGAUGCUCGCUCAUGCGUUCAGGAAUCCCGGUUGGCUCGAAUUGCAAGGCAGUUGAAUUUCUGCAAUCCACCGGCACGCGAGCCAAUGUCGC